AUGCUCAUCUUAAAAGCGCCGUUGUGGAAUAAUUGGCUGCGGUCGAGUAUCGUUCCGUGUUCGGCAGCAUCGAAACGAUUGCUCAGUGCCCAGGCAGCUGUCGACCACGUUGAUCCGGAAUGGGCCACAGCAAAACCGUACAAAGAUAUCCCCUCACCGUCCCUUAUUGAGUUCGUACGAGGAUUCCAAAAAAAUGGGCGUUACGCAAAUCUCGACCUGGUGGAGCUGCAUUCACGCUUGUGGGAAGAUUUUGGUGAUAUUGUUCGGUUCCGGGGAAUGUUUGGCCGGAACGAUGUAAUUAUGACGUACAGCCCUGCCGACAUUGAGAAAGUGUUCCGUACCGAAGGGCAAUGGCCGGUACGCCGUGGGUUCGAUAGCUUCACGUACUAUCGGCAGAAGGUUCGCCCUGAUAUCUUCGGUGAGACCGGAGGUCUAGUCACGGAACACGGUGAAAAAUGGCAAAAUGUGCGCACCAUCGUCAACCCGGUAAUGAUGCAACCGAAAACAAUUAAACUGUACAUCGAUCAGGUGGAUGGCAUUGCACGAGAGUUUGUAACGCUCGUUGCUGAGAUGAGAGAUUCGAAGAAUGAACUUCCGAAAAAUUUCGACCAAUGGCUCAAUCGAUGGGCGCUUGAAACGAUGGGUGUGCUUGCAUUAGACACGAGGCUUGGCGUGCUGGAGUCGGAUCAAUCGCAGGAAGCCAAGAAGAUCAUUGGACUUGUGCGAGAUCUUUUCGAGCUAACUUACGUUUUGGACGUGGAAAUGUCGCUCUGGAAGUACUUCAGUACGCCCUCUUACAGGAAACUGAUGCGAGUGUUUGACGAUCUAACUAAUUUGAUUAUGGCAAAAAUUGAUGAGGCAAAGGAGAGACUUGAAAAGCAGCCUUCAAACUCCGCCAAUCAAAGUGUGCUGGAGAAGCUGUUGAAGAUCAACAAGCACAUCGCUGUCAUCAUGUCGCUAGACAUGCUUAUUGCUGGGAUCGAUACGACAUCUUCCGGAUCGAUCGGUAUACUGUACUGCUUGGCGAAGCACCCGGAAAAGCAGGCAAAGCUGCGAGAAGAGCUCCGUACCAUUCUGCCCAAAAAGGACUCACCAUUGACCGCCGAAAACAUGCAUAAUCUACCGUACUUGAGGGCCUGCAUCAAGGAGGGUCUUCGACUGUAUCAACCGGUUGCAGGAAACAUGCGGGCUGCCGGUCGGGACAUCGUACUGCAGGGUUACCGCAUUCCGAAGGGAACGGAUAUUGCCAUGGGAACGGCAGUACUGCAGCGUAACGAUAAGUACUUCCGUCGAGCGGCCGAAUACCUUCCGGAACGUUGGCUCUCGGAUCGGCCGGGCGAUGUGCCAAGUGCAAAGGACGCGAGCCCGUUUAUCUUCCUUCCGUUUGGCUUUGGUGCGCGCAGCUGUAUUGGCAAACGGCUCGCCAUGAUGGAGAUGGAAAUUAUUACCGCUCGUCUGGUGCGCCAGUUUGAUAUACGCUGGAACUAUGAUAAACUUCGCUUUAAGACGGCCUUGAUCAACAUCCCCUCGAACCCGUUGCAGUUCGAGCUGAGAGAAGUUGAUCACUAG